AUGCUUCCCAUUGUACUGAUAUUGUUCCUGGCAUCGAGCGCUUUUGCCAAUAUUUCGUUGGCCAAAGUCGACGUCUACAAUGUUGACGAAAUUCCGCCAGUUCCUGACAAUGGCUUGGCCAAGAAUUUCGAUGGUGGCGAAACCAGUGUCUACAUGCAAAACGAGUACCAGAUAAUCAAAGAUCUAGGGAAACGGCCUGACAAGAACAGCCAGACCUUGGCUAUUAGCCAGGCUUUCGCUCUCUUUGGAGAGCUUGCUUAUGGUAUCCCUGGUGACGCUUGCGCUUCCGCGAACCUUAUCAACGCAUACGUCAGCGGAAAUAAGGCUGCUCUCCGCAACGCUCUAGACAUCUACGUCCUAAACCUAGUCAGCAAAAUCGACGCCAUCGCGCAACUUGCCCGGGAUCCUAACUCCCUUAAAUACACUACCGGCAUACGUGGUAACUGCGCCGGAGGUGGCAGAAUUUACCGAUUCGAGGCUGCUUGGGACGCAAUCCGAUCCAGUGUUAGUCCCCUUCAAGCUGAUUUGAUCAAUGAGGAGUACUGUGCAACUAAAAGGCUGUACAACGCGUUCUACGUUCAAAACAACAACAUUGGAGCGGCUAUAACAGCUUCCUCUCUGCCCCCAACUCUCAAAGUCACCAAAUUCGCCAGCGACGCUCUGCAUAACCUCCUGAGGGCCAUCGCUUACAAGGGAAAUGUUAGAGCUGCUGCAGCUGUUGCGAAGGCCCAGCUCCUGCAAGCUGCCUCCAAUAUCAAACUUUAA